AUGUCAGCUCCGAUCUUUGCGCAGGAGGCGACGCAGGAGCGGGCUGAGAAUGCGCGUCUCUCGUCGUUCGUAGGCGCUCUGGCCCUAGGCGACCUCGUGAAAAGCACAUUGGGCCCGAAAGGCAUGAACAAGAUUUUGCAGUCGGUUGGCUCGACAGACAUCAUUGUGACAAAUGAUGGCGCGACGAUUCUCAAAGCCAUCUACCUCGACAAUCCAGCGGCCAAGAUCCUCGUGAAUAUUUCCAAGGUCCAAGAUGACGAAGUGGGUGACGGUACAACGUCCGUAUGUGUGCUAGCUGCUGAGCUUCUUCGUGAGGCGGAGCGUCUCGUGGAAUCGCACAUUCAUCCACAAGUCGUCGUCGAUGGUUUCCGGAUCGCGAGCGAGGCAGCCUUACGUGCGUUGGCCGGUGCUGCUAAGGACAACAGCAAAGACAAAGCCGCCUUCCGGCAGGACCUGCUCAACAUCGCGCGCACGACGCUGUCUUCCAAGGUCCUGUCGCAGGACAAGGACUACUUUGCGAAUCUGGCUGUCGAUGCUGUUUUGCGCCUGAAUGGGUCGACGAACCUAGAGAACAUCCAAAUCAUCAAGAAACUUGGCGGGAAGCUAACUGACAGCUACCUGGACGAGGGUUUCAUCCUCGACAAGAAAAUUGCGCCUGACUCAAUCAAGCGUCUCGAAAAUGCCAAAAUUCUAAUUGCCAAUACGUCGAUGGACACGGAUAAGAUCAAGGUGUUCGGUGCACGUGUGCGUGUGGAUGGCACGAGCAAACUUGCAGAAAUUGAGCGGGCUGAGCGCGAGAAGAUGAAAGCAAAAGUCGAGCGGAUUAAGGCACACGGCAUCACCUGCUUCGUGAACCGGCAGCUAAUUUACAAUUACCCAGAAAGUCUGCUCACGUCCGCCGGCAUCAUGACGAUCGAACAUGCCGACUUUGAGGGUGUUGAGCGUCUCGCUCUGGUCACGGGUGGCGAGAUCACAAGCACAUUUGACCGGCCUGAUCUUGUGCGCUUGGGCGAAUGUGCUUUGAUUGAGGAGGUCAUGAUCGGUGAAGACAAGCUGAUCAAGUUCUCAGGCGUCAAGGCAGGUGAAGCGUGCACUGUCGUUUUGCGCGGUGCGACGUCGCAGAUGAUCGAUGAGGCUGAGCGUUCCUUGCAUGAUGCUCUGAGUGUUCUCAGUCAGACGGUAAAGGAGACUCGUGUCACGUUGGGCGGUGGAUGUGCCGAAAUGAUCAUGAGCAAUGCUGUUGACGAGGAAGCACGUCGCACGCCCGGGAAAAAGGCCCUAGCUGUCGAGGCCUUUUCUCACGCGUUGCGCCAGCUCCCGACCAUCCUUGCCGACAAUGCUGGACUGGAUUCUGCCGACCUGGUUGCACAGUUGCGUGCUGCGCAUCAUGAAGGACGUCAUGACCAGGGUCUAGAUUUGGAUCGAGGCAUGCUUGCUUCCAUGGCCGAAUUGGGGGUCACGGAAAGCUACAAGCUGAAGCGCCAGGUCAUUCUGUCUGCGAGUGAAGCAGCAGAAAUGAUUCUGCGUGUCGACGACAUUCUGAAGGCAACGCCCCGUCGACGAGACGCGCACUAG